UGCACGUACCUUAAGCUUUUCGGAGCCGAUCUAUGUCGGAACAGUACGCACCUACAACAUAUGUCCACGGCAUAUAGGAAAGAAUUACAAAAUAUGGGAAUAUCGGUAUACGCUGAUCCCGCUGCCGAUGUGAAAGUGUUUGCCUCUAGCCUAGGGAACCGAUCUACUUUGGAAUGGUAAAAUAUAAAGGAGCCAAUACCAUCGACUUCCGAAUGGCAUAAUGGGCCAGCUCACUGUUUUCGGGUAUCUUCGCGAACAAUGGACAGAGCUUCCGAUCCCCACUGCAGAUGUCAGCGACCAGUCACUCAUCGUAGUCGGUGCUAAUGUCGGGCUCGGACACGAGGCUGCUGUGCAUUUAGCACAGCUCAAACCUAAGAGCCUGUUGAUUACUAGCAGAGACGAAGUCAAGUGCAAAAAAUCAAAAGCAGACGUGGAGAGCCGGUCUGGCAUGACUGGUAUCGAAUCCUGGCCUCUUGAGCUAUGUUCAUUCGAUUCAGUGCGUUCUUUUGUGGACACUUUUGAAGCGAAGGGCUGCACAGCCAAUGUUCUCAUUGCUAAUGCCGGCAUAUCGACGCUCAAGUACACAAAAACCCCGGAUGGCUACGAAACUACAUUUCAAGUGAAUUACCUGUCGACCGCUCUAUUGAGCUUAUUAAUGCUACCUCACCUCAUCAAGGCAGGGACUCCUGAACGUGCCUCAAGACUAGUUAUUGUAUCUAGCGAGUUUCAUUACCUGGCCAACAGACUAAAAGGGGCAGACACAUGGCCUAGCAUCAUCGAAAGAAUCAACGAUGAAGCAUAUUGUACCUCUAGCGUAAUGUUAAACCGCUACUCCUUAUCCAAGCUCCUCGAAGUGAUGUUCAUCCGUGAGCUGUCUUCUCGACUUCCCACACCAACUUUAGUUGCAGCUUCGACGGUCAAUCCCGGUUCUUGCCACUCCUGUCUUACGCGAGAAGUCGAAUCAAAUCCACUCCUCAAGUUUGCUGUGAGAACUUACAAAGGGUUGGUGGCACGCGCAACUGAGAUGGGCAGUCGGACACUUGUCCAUGCGGCAAUCGAGCCAAAUGAGAGGGAACGGCAUGGUCGCUACCUGUCUAGCUGCGAAGUUGCCGAAGAGAGUGAUUAUACUCUCAGCGCAGAAGGGAGGGAGGUUUCGAAGCGUUUGUGGCAUGAGACCCUUGAGAUCCUUGGAGACAUCGACCUCAGAGUCAAUACAAUUGUGUCUGAGUACCUCAUUCAGGAAAAAGCAUGAUUUGACUGUUAUUCAUUUAUUCGUCCAAAUAUUGUGUUCCGUGUCUGUAAUCCACCUUUUCCAAUGUGUCUUCUAUAUUUCUCUUCUAACUAUACUUCUGUUCUUUCGCCACUAUGAUACGCAAUAUAACGAAGCAUGUCUGUCGAAAACA